AUGCGUGUGUUUGUUUUCGCGUUGGUAGCGGUCGUUACCUCCGCAGACGCAAUAUGUGACCCUUGGCCCAAUGGUACUGACACUGCAUUUCGAUGGUGGCAAUGUAACGAUGGCCCAAUGAUUUACCGUGACGCCAAGCUUUAUGACGAAACAGGCACCAAAGAACAGUACCCCGUUCACAUGGACAAGCCGAUGGUUGUGAAGUGUGAAAUUGUAAAUCCGACGACUGUCUACGGCUCACCAGACCUGAAGCUCAAUAUCCGUCUCUGGUCAUGGGGCGUUAUCAAGAAGCAAUGCACAUGGCUCCCAAUCCCUACCCUCGGACUUUUGGACAAUUUGGACGCAUGCCAGCACGGUAUCAAAUGUCCAAUUGCACUGGGACAUCAAACAAUAGAUGUAAUCGUGGACUUCACCAGAUUCAGUACAAUUGUUAAACUACUCAAGGACGACGCUCCGUAUCAGCUGCAAUAUGAACUCAGAGACAGAGCUACGGGAGAUAAAGCGUGUCUCAUGGCACAGGCCCGAGCUAGAACGAAGUGA